GAGGGGGGGUGCUAAUUGAAUCCAGCUAAAUUAUUCAGUACCUGCCCUGUGGAGGACAACAUGCCCGCUGUGGAUAAGCUGCUGUUGGAGGAGGCUUUGUUAGACAGCCCCCAGACUCGAUCCCUGCUGAGCGUAUUUGAGGAAGAUGCCGGAACACUGACGGACUAUACAAAUCAACUGCUUCAAACAAUGCAACGUGUCUAUGGGGCACAGAAUGAAAUGUGUCUAGCAACCCAGCAACUGUCCAGCCAGCUCCUCGCGUAUGAAAAACAGAAUUUCGCUCUGGGAAAAGGAGAUGAAGAAGUCAUAUCGAUCUCACAAUGCUUUGCAAAUGUAGUAGAUGAGCUUAAUGUACUUCAUACAGGACUGGCAAAUCAACUGGCUGACACGAUGGUGCUGCCAUUAAUUCAGUUCCGUGAAAAAGACCUUACAGAAGUAAGCACGUUAAAAGAUCUUUUUCUUCUUGCUAGCAAUGAAGCAUUUUUUUGUUUCUUUUUUUUAGAGCAUGAUUUAUCAAUGGCAAAGUACAGCAGACUGCCGAAGAAGAGGGAAAAUGAAAAGCUAGAAGUUGCCGGGGCUAGAAGAAAGCAGCACCUCUCAUCCUUGCAGUACUAUUGUGCAUUAAACGCCCUCCAGUACAGAAAGAGGACAGCAAUGCUGGAUCCUAUUCUGGGCUACACACAAGGACAGGUACAUUUUAUAAUACAAGGAGAACUUGAGACAGAAGCAGAGGCCAUGAGGAUUUCUCAACAAGAACUUCUGUCUGGUAGUGAUGCCAUGUAUACUCCAGAUUAUGAUGUUGUCAACCCUAUCGUCAACCGAAACCUGAUUCAGAAGGCUGGUUAUCUCAACUUGAGGAGUAAAACAGGCCUGGUCACCACAACAUGGGACAGACUAUAUUUCUUCACACAAGGUGGAAACCUAAUGUGUCAGCACAGAGGCGAGGUGGCUGGGGGCCUAAUUCAAGACUUGGACAAUUGUUCUGUCAUGGCAGUGGACUGUGAGGAUAGGAGAUACUGCUUCCAGAUCACUUCCCCAAGUGGCAAAACGAGCAUCAUCCUCCAAGCAGAAGGAAAAAGAGAAUAUGAAGAGUGGAUUUCUGCUAUCAAUAACAUUUCAAGACAAAUCUACCUGACAGAUAAUCCAGAGGCUGUAGCUAUUAGGUUAAACCAGACGGCUCAGGAGGCAGUGACCCCCAUCACCAGCUUUGACAGAAGAGUUGAAAAUACACAGAACAGUGAGAGCAUAAGACCGACUGUACAACAAAAUGAGCCUACCAACCACGUGACUGAAGAUGCCACAGAGGAACUACAGCCAGAGCAGUUAAUAGUCCCGGGCACACCAAUUCAGUUUGACAUUGUCCUGCCAGCCACUGAAUUCCAGGACCAAAACAGAGGAAACAGGCGUACAAAUCCGUUUGGGGAAUCUGAAGAUAUGGGUGAAAACCCAGUAGAGGAAGGAUUGCUUUUGCAACAGAUGUUUGUAGUUCGCUUCUUAGGAUCAAUGGCAGUAAAAUCAGACCACACCAACAAGGUCAUAUUUGAGGCUAUGAGACAAGUCUUAGCUGCUCGAGCCAUUCACAAUAUAUUCCGGAUGACAGAAUCUCACUUGAUGGUAACCAGUAAAAACAUUAGGUUAAUAGAUCCACAAACACAAGUUACAAGAAUAAGUUUUGACCUUGAAAACAUCACACAAUUUGCUGCCCACCAGGAGAACAAGCGGCUGGUGGGAUUUGUGGUUUGUACUCCUGAAGCAUCUGGAGGGGAGUCACUACGUGCAUACAUCCUGGAGAGUAACACAGAGGGUGAAAAGAUUUGUUUCUCAAUCAGUUUGGGAAAAGAAAUUUCUGCUGCAGAAAAGGACCCAGAAGCCUUGGCACAACUUAUGUCCUCAGUUCCCCUUUCGAACGACGGCAAGUUUGUUCUUCUGAAUGUCGAGUCAGAAGAUAGUGAUGGAAUUCAACCAUGCGAAGAAGGACUGGAAUCUGAAGCUUAAGUAGCACCUCU